GAGCGUCGUGCUAAUAACGCGAAGGUCGCAGGUUCGAGACCUGCAUGGGCCAUUUGUGUUUUGGGGAAAAAUUAUAAUCGUUCAUUUCCCUUUCAAAAUCCGCAGCUUCCAUUUUCAAAAUGAAAAUAUCACACUAACACUUCAUUUCACACGGUCAAAACCAAGAAAAACAACCAAAACAAAAACAAAAUUAUACUCAACAUGGCUGAGCCACCACAGCCACCAACCUCUCCUCCUCCGUCCCAAAUCCCAAACCACAUGGUCCCUCCUCCCUUGCCUCCACCACCCUCUCCUCCCAGCCGGCCUCAGCCACUUUUAUCAUUUCCCAGAAGGCCCUCAGUUAGAGUCACUUCAGAGUUUGACAGUGACUCCUCCAUUUUCUUCCACAAAAUCUCCACCAAACUCUUUGAUAGCCUUGCCAAGUUAAAAUUUUCCUUUCAGAAUAGUGGUAAAGGAGAAAUCUUUCAGCCCCACUUGGCUUUCACUUCCAAACACCUCUCUAUUCACUAUGAUGUUGAACAACAAAAUGCCCUUGUUGAGUCCUCCUUUGAUGUUGGCCCUAGGCUCCACUUUAAUGCUUCCCAUGAUGUCAAGGCUCAACAAGGAGAAGUGGCAGUGGUUGCAGACCUAGCCGAUCCUGGCUAUUCAUUGCAGUUGUCUUCUCCGGUUCCAUAUGUUGGUUUGCCGAGAGCAACCUUCAAAUUUCCAAUGGCUGAAAUUUCUUUGGAGGAAAGAGAGGAGGAAGAAGAGAUGAAAAUAUUGUCGGUAAAUGCUAUAGCAAAGGGUCAGAUUUUGAAUGGGAUCUGCACUGCUCAAUACCAGGAGGAAGAAGUGAAACUAAGAUACUCCUAUAAGGAUGAUGAAAUGACAUUCAUUCCAACCAUUUCACUUCCUUCAAAUGCAGUAUCAUUUGCAUUCAAGCGCCGGUUCAGUCCGUCUGACAAGUUGAGCUAUUGCUACAAUUUUGAUUCUAAAUUCUGGAGUGUGGUGUACAAGCACGUGUAUGGCAAAGACUUUAAAUUCAAAGCUGGCUAUGACUCAGAGGCGCAUCUAGGCUGGGCGUCUCUCUGGGUUGGAGACGAAAUGGGCAAGGCAAAGACAGCGGCAAUGAAGAUGAAAGUCGAGUUUAUGCUCCAAGUGCCACAAGAUGACAUCAAAUCAUCUGUGUUAAUGUUCCGCGUUAAAAAGAGGUGGGAUAUAUAGAGAGAUGGUAUCAAUGCAACAACUUCUUCUUCUUCCUCCAUAUCUCAAAUAUGGCUUGUAUAUAACAAUGGAACAUGCCUCAUUGUAAUGAUGCUUAUUGCUACAUAUAAUGACAUCAAUUUGUUGUUACCAUCUUCAAAUAAUAAUCCUCCCACCCACACCAACUUAGUUUAA